CAGAUACAGCACAAGGAUACGUUGUUGUAUACGUACAAAACUCCUACUGAAGUAAGCGUCCCGUCCGCCUCGACUGUAGCUGUAUCGGGCGAACAAAAAGAGUUCUUCACAAAACAUGGACAGACACUUGUAGUGUUGUUAAAACGUGCUGCAAUGGACAUUUGUAAGAUGCAGCAUUCAACACUAAAAAUGGGUCAAGAUACGGAAGCAACCACGGUCACGGCUGUCACCAGUAUGCCUGUCAGCACCACCAUUAGCACUGCCAACAGUGGCAACAGCACCACCACCAACAGUACGACGCUGUGUGGCAACAAGCGCAAAUACGACGAAAUUUCUACCAGCAUCAUCGCACCGGUCGCACCGGUCGCACAGUCCACAGACAGUGACAUGAUCGUCGACGUGGUGGUACAGCAAGAAACGUCCCCGGAAAUGUCCCCGGUCCAACCGGAACAGCACCAGCGACACGAAAGUUCCGAACGAGACGAGAACGAUGGUAUUAAAGCUUGCAAGAGUCCUCGAUACGAUGACGACCUGGAGCAGCAGCAGCAGCAGCAGCAGCAGGACCCCAAUGGAGGUCUUGCCCCCGCACACCAACAAGAACAGCCAUCCACUCCGGCCGCUGCGGAGAAGGAGGAUGAAAGCUGUAAUGGCAGCAGCAUUAGUACAACCACUAGCGCCACGACGGCGCCCGAGAGUAAUAGUAGCAUAAGCAACGCUUGUAGUAAUAGCACAACUAGCAGCAGCAGCAAUAGCAGUAUCACGGUCAGUAGUCCCUUCAUUACCGCUGCCCCGACGAUCCUGAGCCCAACGGCACCGAUUCUGCUGACCGCUCCAUUACCGGCCGAGCCGGAGGAGAACGCAAUCGCGAAGCUGGAAGCGGUGGCCGUCCCGGGCGAAACGGCCUGGAACUGUGAGCCAAUUGUGGAUAGCAUCAGCAAGCUGCAGGCAGUUGCCGUCCCUGGUGAGGCGUGGGGCAGUGCGUCCGACAGUACGCGAUCGACGCUAGCCACCACGCUGCUAGUAGCGGACGAUCUCGAUGACGACGACGAUGAUUUCGAGGAUGAUUUCGAUGACGACGAAACGAUCCUGCCCGGCUACUCGUCGAUGCGCUAUCCCUGCUCACCGAACCGUGGCACAACGGUGGCUUCCAUCGCUGGGGCAGGAUACGCGAGUCCGGCCUACCCGAAACCGGGCUACUUCCCCGAACCGUACCAAAACUGUGCGCGCACCGGUGCAGCGAACAAUGGUGCACAGCAGUACGCCAAUCGGGGGUACGGUUGGGCCCAGCACGGUUACUACUCGCCACCGUACGAAGCGCCCACCUCGCAGCAAACGAUCCGCUGUGCGGAGAAUGGUAAGAGCUACUUUGAGCUCGGUUCAGCCAACUACAGCAAUGCGGCGGCAGCAGCUGGAGUAGGAGCGGGUGGUUCUCCCGGUCCUAUGAAUCCGGCCAUACCGAUGGGAGCCCAACAGCAGCAGCAGCCGCAGCAGCAACAGCAGCAGCAGCAGCAGCAACAGGGACCUUUCGGUGCGCCUGGCGUUAUGCCCGGUGCGCGACCUCAUCAUCUGAAGCGAUGCUGCGACGGACGCAACAUGUCCUGCAGCAACAAGCAGUGCUACAAGGAGCGCCGGCUGAAGAUGAUGAACCUGUCCAUGUUUAAGCUGGCCCGAUUCCGACAAGCGUCGGACCAGUCGCUGUACCGAUCGGUGCUAAUAUGCAACACGCUGAAGUCGAUCGAGCGAGAGAUCGACAAUGAGAACAAAGAGUUCAGCCAACACCAUCAACAGCAGCAGCAGCAGCAUUUCCAGCAACACCAGCAACACCAUUACCAUCUACAGCAGCAGCAGCAGCAGCAACAGCAGCAUGCAGGCAUGCAUCAUCAACUGUCUCCGCUGGCACCUCCACCACCACCACCAGCACCACCCGCUCCGGCAAGCACUACCGGCACGCCGGGCGCGGGAGAUUACUUCGGCAAUCGGCUCGGAGCGCCCGCCAAUCGACCGCAAGGUGGUCCUGGUGGCGCUGGAUACGGUGAUCCUUCCACGAUAACGAUGCAGCUAUCGCCGUACGACCAGCAGCAACACUCGCAACAGCACAUGCUACACCCACUCCACCACCAUCACCACCUGCAGCAUCAUCACCACCAUCCACACCCUCAGUCCCAGCAACACCAGCAACAGCAGCAGCAGCAGCAGCAGCAGCAAAUGCAGCAACAGUUGCAUCAGCAGCAACAUCAGCACCUUCAUCUGCAGCACCAGCUACAUCCGAUGUCACCGCACCUUACCAACGCCAACGGUGGUCAUCCGCAGCACCCGCUGAAGGAUCCGCAAUCGGGACGGGCAACUCCGUUCCCUGCAUCGAACGGUCCGGCCAGCAACGCCUCGGUUGAACUCCCCGCCAACAGUAGCAACGGCGGUAGUACCACCAGCAGCAGCAGUGACAGCGACAGUGACGGUGGCAAUGUCGGUAGCAGUUCCAGUAGCAGUGAUAUUAGCAGUAAUACCAGCAGUACAAGCAGCAGUACUUCCAGCAGUACCUACGAGCAGCUAGCAGCCAUUCACAGCCAUCAUCAUCACCUUCACCAUCAACAGCAGCAGCAGCAGGAUGAGCAGCAGCAGCAGCUACACCACCAUCAUCACCAUCAUCACCUCGAGACGGAUGCGAACGGGCCGAUCAACUGGGGUUCGGUGCUAAGCUUAUCGUCCCAGUCGGCGCUGGAUCCGCUGAACGGUAGCGAUCUGUUCGUAACGUCCCCUACCGGACCGGUUCCGGUGGUAGUCGAUGACGACCAUGGCAGCACCAGUAGCGGUGGUAGCGGCAGUGCACCGUCAUCCUCGACCGUCGUCGAUGUAAUCGUCGAUGCUACAGCUAGCUGUGAUGAGGGCGUCGGCUCGUUACCGUCCACUUCCUCCCCAACGGUUUCCUCGUCCGUGCCAUCGCAGGAGGAAGGUAUCGCCGGUGGUUCGGUGAGUUCCGGCAGUGCCGAUGCGUCCGGCAGUGACGGGAGUAAUGCUAAUGGAUCUGGACCGAAUGGUGGUGGUGUUGGGGCCGAUGCCUUAGCACGUGCCGAUGGUAGCGUGGCGAGUGAGGGCACGGGAAACGGUUCCAGCUCCAGUAGCGGCAGCAGCAGUAGCAGCAGUAGCAGCAGUAACAGCUCCUCCAGCACCAGUGGCAACAGUACAAAUGGUUCGUCCGGCGCGGGUUCUUCCUCGCCGGGAAAGUGCGAAGUUGAUACGGACGUCGAUAUGGAGGGUGCGACCUCGACGGAAGGUGAUGUGGUGGACGAUCCUACCGUACCGGCAGCACCGUCCGCCACGGUAGCCGACGCGGGCAGUGACGAACACGAACGAUCGAUCUCGCCCAGCUCGACCACCACACUAACCUCGCUGACGACGCUUACCAGCAGCAAUAGUAGCGCACGGCCAGACAUUAGCCAUCUGACGACGCUUAGCAGUGCGGCCUCCUCUCCACUGCUCUCAUCCUGUGCCUCCGCCCUGCAACACUACCACCAGCACCAUCAUCAGCAUCAGCAUCACCAGCAGCAGCAUCACAGCAACCACUUCCAUCAGCACGGCAGCACCGGCAGCAGCAGCACGAUCGGUGGCUCGAGCUGCUGGGAGUUUGCGUACCUGGACAUGGAUCUCGGCACCACGCACGAGCUGUACGAUAUGUUUCCGGGCUGCUACAAGAUCGGUUCGUUCAACACGGGCGAUCAUGUGGACGUGCUGGGGCUGAAGGGUCCCAUGCUCGAGGGUCCGAGUAAGGUGGUGUGUGGGGACAACGAGAUGGAUUCGUUCACGACCCACAUCAUGGUCGGCAGUUAGUAUUGAACGGGUACGACCACCACCACCACAACCGCACCGGUGCAUCGGCGUGGAUCGGCACGCUGACUCGCCGGACGAUGAUUCGAAGAUGGCUGUGCAAUGCGUGCUUGUGUGUAUGCGUGUAAUGGUUCCUUAUAGCUGCUAGAAGGGGGUGUGGGGAAGGUUAGGUUAUAAGAAGGAGUACAGGGAUCGGCCACGCCGAUUCGGGAUACUAGAAAUGUUAGGGAUUUGAGUGAAGCUUCUGCUACUUACUACGCGCUGUCGUCCACUGUCAAUCACCACCACUACCACUACCACUACUACUACUAUCAGGUGUUGCGUCAACAAAGUGUACGAAGAGUAGGCAGCUAGUAACAGACUACUAGAUCACUAGAACGAUUCGGUUAGCAAAUGUGUGCGCACUCGGUCGAUCUCUCCUCCAGAGUACGCUUUGUACGGACGGGCCAAACGGCGUAACGGAAAACAGUAUUUUUGGUGUGUAAAUGAUUGUGCCAUAAGUCGCCGUCACCAUCGCCAUCCAGCCGCAACUACAAUCAUCAACCGUAUAAAUCCGUAACGUUUCCUGGCGGGUAGGGGGAGGGAUUGUGAGAUUCUGCCGAGCGUCCUCCUCCUGUCAAUUUCUUAACAUCAACAUUUUGCUUUCUUAAAAGGAAGUUGGAUCCGGGCGUCCUCUCCUUCCGUUCCUCACAUUACAAGCCGAUUAUUCUAUUCUAGUCCUUACACGUCUUGUGUAUCGGGUUUAAAUUCCCUUUUCCAACUGGCGGAACUUCCUCCCGGCCCCUGAAGCUUGGCGGAGAGUAGGACAAAAUGUGCAAGACCAGAAAAAUGUGUCAAUUUGUGUGUGGUCGAGAUAAUAGUGUUAAUGGUGUGGCCGUGUACUGUUUUUCUUCUUUUAUCGAAGUGGGACAAAAACAAACUUGUUGUUUCGUUUUAUUGUUUUUAUGCGCAAUAACGCAACCAGAGCGAGAGUAACCCAGCAAAACGGAAAAUUUAAAUCAUUUAAAAGCAUUAACAGCAACUCAACACAACAAAAACAAGGGUUGUUUGAGUAGCAGUAGUAGCACGGUAAUUCAAAAUCGAAAACAAUCGAAGUGAUGUAUUAAAAAAAAAAGUGGGUCGAAACACGAACGAGCGAGAUUAAAUAUUAUAUAUGUUGUAUACAUGGUGGUAGUGCAAAGAGUAGAAUCCGCAACAACAACGGGACAAUUUAAACGUUUAGUAAAAAACAAAAAACAAUCUGGGCUGAGAGCGGAAUCGAUUUUGAGGUUUGAACAUUUGAUGUUGGUGUAGAGCGCGUCGCCGUGGAGCUAAAUUGUUGUCCCCCCGUCUGUGCACUCGUUGGGGAAGAAAUGGUGGCAAAAGCCGAGGGACUUUGCAAUGCAUGGUUUUAAGUAAUGGGGAGAAGAGAAGAAAACCGGGCAACAAAGGACCGGUGGCUUCCCUUAGCCAAAAGGGAGAGAGAGCCCCGGGUGUAUAAUCUUCAGCUAGCUGUAGUAGUAGCGUUCGUGUUCGAGUAAGCGAAAAGAACAAAAAAGAGUAAUUUAUUGAUCUAUAAAUAUACAUAAAACGAUAUAUAUAUAUAUACAAACAAAACAGAAAACCUAACAAAAUUAAGGUGUAAAUAUAGGUUUGUAGAAGGAAAAAUGGCGCAGGAUGCAAGAGGAAAAACAAAACAAGGAAGCAUCACCACUAGCAUUUAAAAAAAAAGAAGAGCAGCAAACAAGAGCUGGGCAGAGCUAGCAAAGGAACCAAUCAUGAUAUGAUGGCUGCUGGCUCCCCUUGCUUCCGUUCCUGAAACGGCGCGCCACUGAUGGUGAUAAACCCUAGCGAAAAGAACAAAAUUACAAAACACGACGAGCGGAAGACGAGUAAUAAAAAUCAGACAGAAUUACUGCAAAUAUUUAA